AUGGCUCGCCAGCAAAAGUUUGUCGUGGUCGGCGCUGGACCUGUAGGAUCAUUGGCUGCUCUCUAUGCUGCCAAACGUGGCCACGAUGUAGAGAUAUACGAGUUGAGGAGUGACCUCCGGGAUCCCUCCACGAUCCCGCUCAACUUCACCAAAUCUAUCAAUCUGGCCCUUUCAGAACGGGGCAUUAAUGCCAUGAGCAAUGCAGGAUCUGAAAGGCUUCUGCAGCAUGUCAAGUCGGCUACUAUUCCAAUGGAGGGCCGCAUGAUCCAUGGCAAGAAACCGUCUGGUGAUCUAUACGAAGAGGCACAGCUUUAUGAUAUUCAUGGAAGGACAAUCUUUGCUGUCGACAGAGCAGACCUUAACAAGCGUCUCUUGGACAUCUUGGAGAGCAUGCCGAACGUGAAAUUCUUCUUCAACCACAAGCUCACGGGAGCCGACUUCAAGAACCAAAAGGCAUGGUUUGAGAAGCGAGGCCCUAAGGGAACAUUGGGUCGCGGAGAGGAAAUAGAGAUUGAUUUUGACUUCAUGAUUGGUGCAGACGGCGCUCACUCUGCAGUACGAUACCAUCUGAUGAAGUACGUUCGCAUGGACUAUCAGCAGACGUAUAUCGACACCAACUGGUGCGAGUUCACCAUUCAGCCAAAUGCCGCCGCUGCUGGUGAUGGCUUCAAGGCAAAGUUCAAGAUCUCACCACAUCAUCUUCACAUUUGGCCUGGAAAACAAUUCAUGUUCAUUGCGAUACCGAGCGAGGAUGGCUCUUUUACGUGCACGCUCUUCAUGCCUAGCGGCAAUUUUGCAGAGCUGGAGGCCGAUUCAUCAAAGAUCCCAGACUUCUUUGAUCACCAUUUUCCCGGAGUCACGUCGCUUAUACCCCGGGAUGAGCUCAUUUCUUCCUUUGUAACCAACCCUCAUCUUCCUCUUAUCAGCAUCAAGUGCACGCCUUACCACUUUUCGAGUUCGGUCGUGGUUCUGGGCGACGCUGCACACGCCAUGGUCCCCUUUUAUGGGCAAGGAAUGAAUGCAGGCUUGGAAGACGUGUAUACACUCUUCUCGAUACUCGACAAGCACAGUGCCCAGGAAAGCAAUGACCCUGAAGACCGGUCCUCAACCGAUUCAAACAUCCAGCGAGCCUCGGCGUUGGCCGAAUACUCCGAAGUGCGUACACCAGACGCGCAUGCCAUCAACGACCUAGCACUACAGAAUUAUAUCGAGAUGCGCGCAUCCGUCUUGUCGCCGACCUACCGGCUGCGGAAAUCGCUAGAGGAACUGUUGUCCAAGUAUAUCCCAAGUCUGGGGUGGCAGACCAAAUACUCGCGCGUCAGUUUCUCCAAUGAGAGAUACUCGGAGGUGAUUGCCAAGAGUGAUCACCAAGGUAACGUGCUUAUCCGGGUUCUUCAAGUACUCCUUUUUGGUACACUGGCAGGCAGCGCAGUUGGUCUUCGAUACUGGCGAAGCCCAGGCUCUCUCAGCUUGGCGCGGCUCGUUGGUAGCCUAAGAAAUCUCUCGAGAUAUUAA